GGCUGUACUUCGAGCUUCUUCUUCUGCGACGUACCUGUUUGUUUCCUGAGAAAAUCCAAGAAGUAAGGAAACGAAAAGAACAGAGAAGAAAUCUCCGCCGUACUUUUCAUUCGAGAUGAGAGCGAUGCUUCUCAAUUCUCCGCCGUACUGCAGACUCCAACGACCACUUUCCACGAGUUGUAGUUUAUUAUUUGGAGGCUCGGGCUCCUAUGUAUCUCUCAGUAGAGCGAGCAAUCUGGUGCGGCCUAGCUCACUGGUUAAGUUACCUUCACCUUCACGCAGCCUAGUUGUUAAGGCGGUUGCUACUCCAGAUUCAGCGGUUGAAUUGCCACUGACUGCAGAGAAUGUUGAAAGUGUAUUGGAUGAAAUCCGACCAUAUCUCAUUUCCGACGGAGGAAAUGUGUCGUUACAUGAGAUUGAUGGAAAUGUGGUGCGUUUGAAGCUUGAGGGAGCAUGUGGCUCCUGUCCAAGCUCUGUUAUGACAAUGAAAAUGGGUAUUGAGCGUCGUUUAAUGGAAAAGAUCCCUGAAAUAGUUGCAGUGGAAGCAAUAGCUGACAAAGAAACAGGACUUGAACUGAAUGAAGAAAAUAUAGAGAAGGUACUUGAAGAAAUUAGACCCUACUUAGUAGGGGCAGCAGGUGGAUCUCUUGAGCUUGUGACAAUCGAGGAGCCUAUAGUGAAGGUCCGUAUCACAGGUCCAGCUGCCGGGGUAAUGACGGUUAGGGUGGCAGUAACGCAGAAAUUGAGGGAGAAAAUCCCAUCCAUUGCAGCAGUUCAACUACUGUGACAUUUUUGAGUCGAAACAAAGAGGUACACGAGAUGAUGUUGCUGCUGCAUUUUCUUCCAAAACUCGCACCUUGUAUGGAUAGAUAUGUACUCUUCAAUUCUUUACAAAUAGUAUAAACAUGUACAGUUAAUAACUGUGAUGCAAUAGGUGGAGCAAAGCUUGAAUUGGAUAUAACCACUGAGAGCUCCUUGUGUUAUUUCUGUGUUCAUUGAAAUCUUUGCGGGAGCGACCAUCAAAUUUCCGAUGUUCUUAUUGAUUCA